AAUGUAUUAAAAGCACUGUGACCCAGUGCAGAAGCGGCUGCUUGAUUUUGGAUGUUAUAAAAUCUCAGCAUAGUUUACGUUCGCAGUGUAUUACAUGCGUUGAUUUAUCACCCAGUGAGCGAGAAUUUUAUAAUUCCAAUUCAAGUGUAGCUUUUAUGCCACGAGGUGUAAUUACAAAUUUAGUAUUCUAUAUUAAUUUAUACGGCGUGACAUUUCUGCCUUCAAAGUGGCAGGUGCGGCAAAAAGUGAAAGUUACAUAACAGAAAAUGCACGCUGGAUUGUAAACUGUAAGGACGAUACAUGUUUUUAUGAUGCCAACAACGUUAUCAAUCGCAAGCUGACGUUUAUGACUGGUUUUUGUGGAGUUACUAAAUCGGCUAUGUGUACACAAAAUAAGCAUCACUUGUGACGUUUAAAGUGAAGCACAACAUGACAGUUCCAAAGCUCCAACAGUUGUGGGAGUAUUUUAUCCAAGCAGAACAUCGCUCUUACGAGAAGUCGGCAUGGUUGGAUGUCUUCCUGUCCGAAUUUUUAGUGCAGGUGAAAGAAGGAAAAGAUGCAAAUGAAAUAAUCUCAUGUUGCAGUGGCAGUGGCAGCUCCCCGACUGGAGUGGCAGCACUGAUCGGGUGUGAGCUACUGACAGAGGUGCACGCAUUAUGCCCGCCACACAGCGAGGACCUCCAGCCGCUGGCUCGGCUGCUACUUUGCGGCUGGGGCUGGCGGGCACUUGCCGCCCUGCACCACCUGGACUGCUCGUCCCUGUCUUGUGGACGUGAGUUGUGUGCCCUGUUGGUGUCCCUGUUCCCAGUCGGCCUAGAAGCUGCUCCUCGCAGUCUCAUAAUAAAUGAAGAGUGCAACCCAUUUGUACAGCUGUGGAAACCACGACCCCCGAUGGACAGGCCAUUAAUUGAUGUUGUUAGGUCCAGAGGACUGGGUUCAGAUGGCCAUUCUGUCGCUCGCAGUGCCACAAGUGCUCCGGCAGCAGCUAGUGGUAGCAGCAGCGAGUCAGGUGGUGAGAGGGCGGAGCCUCUCAGUGUCAUCCGCAUACGCCUCAAUCCCAUGGACUUUGAGUACUUCACUUCAGUUGUGCGCAGUGACGAUGAUGGGACUGGCCUGGUGGCAGCAUCAUCAUCCUCCAAUUCUACAAUGCUUUCAGGAAACCAGCUAAUAAUUCCAGAUCCAGAUGCCUUACGGCGUGAACCUCGCAUUCAGGAAUGCGUCCAGACGACACUAUCCGGUUAUGAGCUGUCCCUCUUGGUCCUGGACCUGCUGAGCCGCCUGGCACCUCGCGCGCACUCGACUGCACUGUCGGCUGCCAACAUGUGUGCCCACCGCUUGUGCGGUCCGGGGCUGGUGGCAGCGGCGGCGUGGGCGGAACUGGGAGAGAGCCGACAGUGGGAGGUGCGGGCACGGCUGGUGGCAGUUGUAGCUGCGUGCCUGCCCGCACUGCUUGUGCCGGCAGUGCUGCCUGCCACCCUGCGCUCUGGCCUGCUGCCUAUCUUGAUUAAGGUUUUGGAAGAUGUGGUACACCGUACAUCAGCAGCUAUUAAGCAGACAGAUGAUAAGGGAAAUGACAAUGAAAGUGCGUCUGUGUGUGAUAGUUUUGCAACUGUUGCCAGUCCUCUUACAAAGGAAGAUGCCAUGAAGGCACAGAAUGUGGUCUACGGAAUAUCCCUGGCUGUUCUUGUGUUUGUACGGGGAAUUCUCGUCACUCACCGUGGGGGUGGCACCGACCGGCUGCAUGACGCUCUCGAACUGCUGGGGCUGUUUCUCCAAGGAAGAGGAGCACGACUUAUCGAGUCUGCCAUCGGUAUUGUCGUUGCUGUGCCGUUUGUUGAAAACUGCGUCUCAGUGAGUCGUGCCUCCAGGUUGGUCGACAACGUAGCCCGCCUCGUGUCUACGUUGAAACGCACGCAACUAGAACUCGUGCAGCAGGCAACUCGCCGAUCAAGGCGCACCUCAGCCCCAACACCCGGUGCGGCAGUCGUGAUCUCCACAAGCUCAACUCCAACCCACCACCAUGCUCCGGACCCCCUCGAUGCAUCAUAUUGCCGCGUGUCUGCUGUCUUCACAGUAUUAGUGCACCUGCUGUCUGUACAUGCUGUGAGGGAGCGAGUACUGCGUGCUAUGAGGCACUGCGGGACCUGCUGCUGCUUUCAGCCUCGCACAUUAGUUAGUGCCCUCGUUGGUAUCCUAGAACAAGCUGGAGGCAAUAAACGGGUGAGGCGGCUUACUUUUGCCCUUCUGGAAAGGUCUCUGUACCGUGAAUUGGGUGCUGUCAUAACAGAAAGAAACAAAAGUUGUUCUGUAUGCUCCCGCUGGUCUUCGCCAUCGUCAUCAUCAGACUUGCUCUUUGUAGCUGAAGGUUACAUAUCUGGAGAAGGAGUGGGAAGGUGGUCUUGCGUGGAGCUCUUCCGCCCAUUACUCGAAGCAGACACACACAACUGUCAGCUGAGCCAGGCAUUGGCAGCCCACCUAAUCCAGCAGAUGCCACGCUUUACCCCCUAUGUGAAGCUGCAACUACUGCUCCAUGUUUUCUUACCUGCAUUUGUAAACAUUAAGCAACGUUACCUCGAGCAUCACAUGGAGGCUGACAAGAUACUCCUUGGGUCCUGCCUUUCAGCACUCCUGGUACUGCUUGGCUGCAGUGAGGAACUUUCACAAGAGUUUUUAAGAAAGAAAGGCAUUGACCACAUCCGUGACUUGAUCUCAGAGUCACCUUUUGUGCACAUCUGCUGUUCUCUCCUUGAAGUAACUGCUACCGUGGACAUUAGGCGUAUCAGUUGUGAGGCUGAGUGUGACAAACAUUUGGAUGUUGUGGAGCAUUUAAAAAGGCUGCCAAAUAUUGAGCUGCUUCAUCACUGUGCAGAGGACACAGCUAAAAAGCUUCUUGUGCUGCUCAGUGCAGCUGACAGUUUAGCAGAGGUUGAUGCAGUGUUGGGUGACUGCACUGUUUUCUGGCAUUCAGUGGUGGACCUUGCUGCAUAUUCACCAGCAUAUCAACAAUUGUUAAAACUAACUUGUGUGCCUGACAGUAAAAGCUUCCUUGUAUCACUUCUAGCAGCAGGUGCUAAGAGUGAAACGAUGAAUUACAAUAAUCCAUCACUCAUAGAGCUGCUUGAAGUUGUACUUGCACUAAAUAUCUUGUCUGCUCCAGAUGUCUCUGAAGUUGUGGAAAUACUGAAGGAACAGCUCAGUCAGUCUGCCAGUACUGAAGAUGAAAAUCGUUACCUCUGGCUCUGCAAGCUGGUAAUGGAUUGUUCUGUAGCAGAAAGCUGCUCCCACCAUAUAAUGCCGCCACAUCGUAAAACCAAGAUGCUGUCUGAAGAGGAGGCUGAUGACGACGGAGAGAGUGCGGGCGCCAGCUCGAGCUAUGUGACAGCUGAUGAGGGCUAUGAGGCCGAUGUGGAGAUACCACUGCAGCCUGUCAGCAGUGCCUGUGCUAUUGACGAUCCUCGUUGCUCCAGGAGGUAUGAAGUGUUGUGUGCACGUAGCCACAACAGCGAGCACCACCACCGCCGCUCAGCUCGGCUGAUUGAACCCCAGCUCUGCAAAUUGGCAGUAGAUAUACUUAUCCGGCUUCCACAAGAACAGCAGAAAAGUAAAGAAGCAGUGGAAGUAUUGAAACAACUUGCAGCAUUAUGCAGAGACUGUGCUGAAAACUGUGCACGGCUUGCAAAGAUUGGGAUGGUAUCAACAUUGCUGGAAGGCUUUGGUCUGAGUCUCAGGUGUAGAGAUGCUACUCUGAUAGAUCUUCAAAAAGUGGUACUGGAAUUGGUGAUGCUGUUGGCCAGACAGAGCAUUUCUCCAAAUGAACUGGCUCUAUAUAUAUCAUUCUUCAAAGAUGAUGAUCCGCCAUUGGAUCUUCUUCUGUCUCCAUUAGUUUCUCUGGCAAAUGAGACUCGGCCACAACCAGACCACAUUAUUCGCUUCCCUUGUGGUGAAGACACAAAUGUGGGUACACCACCACCUGUACCAGACCAGGGGGGGAUUCUGAUGGAGGGAAAUUAUAUGUCACUUGUCUAUAACUUUAGCCAGCAGCACACACUUGCAGGUGCCAAAACUGCAUGGUCAGCAUGUGCUCUUUCACUGCCCAUCGGUGCAGAGCUAGGAUGGUCUAUGUGGCUACAUGGCUACUCUGCAGCCAUGUGGCUGAGGCUAGAAGAGCCAGUGGUCAGUGCAAGUCCUGCCUGCCCUUGCUCUCCUGCUAGCACCUUUCGACAGAGACCGAGAGCGAAGUCUGUUGCUUCUAUUCCUGACAACUGUUGGCAGCAUCGUGAUAGUCUUUCACAACUGAGAGACCAAGGUCAUGAUGAAAAGACAUCGCUGCUGCAUUUGAUAUCGGUCGGUUGUGAAUGCCUCCUUUUGGAAUUGUGGACCGAUACUAGUAAUGGGUCAGUUCUUGUGCUGCUGACACGGCCUGACAGCAGAGGUUCAGAAGUAAUUUCGCAAGCGACAGUCGAGAACUGCCUGUCGCCUGGCUCUUGGCAACAUUUGGCAAUGAACGUCAAGGAUUACAUGCAGAGGAGGAUGAAUGUCAUUGAGGUCGAGCUGAUAGUGGAUGGUUGUGAUCGCCACGAGUGUCUGUUGUCAUUUUCUGGGCUUCUCGUACGGAAACCACGCUCCUCUGCUGUGUUGAUAGGACACAGGAAAUUUCAGAAAAGUUCUUCAUCUGGCUCAUGGAUUUUUGCCGGACUUCAACUGUUCCGCUGUGCAGUUUUUUCACGUGAAAAGGCAACUUACUUGGUUGGCCUCGGACCCGGGAGAGUUUCACUGGCAGACUGUGACGUCGGCUGCACUGCUCCAAACUUUACUCACCUUUUUGGGCCUAAAUCACUCGGAUCAGACAUUGAUUGGGAUUCAAUUCUUCAGGCUCAAGCAGGAAAUCUUAAAGAUCUACAGGACAGUGUCUUGAUGAUAUUCUCUGCGCAGAAUCCUGAUGUUGUUAGUUUGUUUCCACAGUUUGCAACAGGUGUUGGUGGACCACUGUUCCAAGUGCAGCCAUCAUUUCGCAGUGUUCCAAUAGAACAGCGAGCAAGUCAGCAGGUGCCGAUAUGUAUGGCCCCCAUGCUGCUGGCCUCGAAGCUCGAUAAGAUACAGCAUCACAGCCUGCUGGCCGCUGCAACACUGCUGGGUGGCGUGCCUGUCUUCCUCUUCCUGCUUGCAAGGGUGGGCAGCUGCAUGUCUUACCUUCAGAAUUCUUUGAAAUCUUUUCUGUGGCUCUGUGAGGUGGUGGAGCUAACACUUGUCGAGGAGGUGCAGGCCCAGGCACUGUUGCUGUUCCUCAGGGUGGCACAGGGAGACUGUGAGCUGUUCACACAGUUUGUGGGGCAAGAGAGCUACAAACUACUUCUGAAGAUUCUCAGGUCAUCUCGAUGCAGUGCUGGACCUUACCUGUUGAAGGCUGUCCUGGAUGCAUGCUGUGACAAACCUGUGCUGGGUUGUACCAGUGCUGUGAAUGGGCCAACACGAGUGACGGUCCUGGCAAACACAGACGCGGUUGUUGUCAACUCAUUCGUGUUGCGGGCUGUGGCGGGUGCAUGGGCAGCGUGGGGCCCUGCAGGGGCACUUGGCCUCCUGCUGCGGGCGCUGCACAUCCUGCUGAGGGAUGACCACCCGUACCGGGAGUUCAACGCUGCGCAGAUGAACCGCACCCACAUUGUUGACAGUCUUCUUCUCUUUUGCAAGGAGCAGUUUCUCCAAGAAAAGCCAGAGAUAGACAUGGAGCCUGGGAUCUGCUGCUCUCUUGUGGAGCUGGUGCGAUCACUGAUGGGCGCGCCCCCAGAGUUCAGCCACAUUGUGUCUGUGGCUGACUUCCUGCUUCUCGCACACCCUGCCCGCCACACUUACAUCAGCCAUGGACGUAACAACUACUACUUUGUUCUGGAUGAAAAUUCUUCAAGUCCCUUAUCGGGCAGCCUAACAGAAUGGCGUUGGCGGAAAAAAGAAAUGUCUCUCUUAGCACGUGCCAUAGACCCACUGAAGCUGAAUAAGGCUCUCACAAAUUUGCAGAUAAAACAGCUGACUGGAUCUGUAGACAGCAAUCGAGUAAUUGAGAAUGGCGACAUAGCAAAUACCGAGACCUCAACAUCACGGCGGCUGUCUUUAGUCAGCAAUUCUCUGAUGGCUUGUGCUGAAGAUGCUGUCCAGUUACUGGAGCAGGCAUCAAAUCCAGCCCAAGUUGUUGAGACUGUGAAAGAAAAAUUUGUUACAGAGACAGAGGAGCAUACGGAGAAAAUGAAUAAUGGAGCAAAUGAACACGUGUCAAGUGAUAGUCAUAAUCUUGUGAUGGAGGGCCUUCUCUUGCUACUGAAGGAUGUUCUGCUGGUACUUCCUGACAACAUGGCACCACAGGUGUUGAACCACGUGGUGCGUGCUGACACUUUGCUUGUCAUUGCAAAUCAUCCUGAUGUUAGAGUUCGGACAGCCGUUGUGAAGGUGAUUUCAGCAUACCUGCAGCGAGCCAGCAGCGACGAGGUGUCACGGUUCUGCAAGAUGCGUGGCUACCAGUUACUGGCGUGCCAACUGGCACAGUGGCCGGCCUCGUGGGAGCUAGCGGAGGCAGCGGUGGCACUGGGCACACUCUGCCCUCUGCCCCUGGAGGAGCAGGCAGCCGCACUCGACCUGGGUGCCAGUGCGGCAGAGCUGCAGGCCUCCCGGCCACUUGCAGCGCUGCCCCCGCUGCUUGCGCUCCUGCCUCGCUGCUGCCGGACGGAUGUCGCCCUCGCAGAUACCUUGCUUUCCUACUUGAGCCAGCUUGUUUUAAAAGUCAUGCAGGUGUCAACAGCACGACUCCUCCAGGACUUGGGUGUCGUGGAGUGCCUGUGUCGUUGUCUGCAGGCUAUACCACCUCCAAAAUUACAGUCUACACCACCUUCUGAAAGGCCAGCAUUUGGUUCACCGAAUCCAGAAGUGCUUGUUGGAGACAUCCAUCUGAUAUUGGGUUCCAUUGUCACUCGAUCCAUUCUGCUUCCAGGUCAUCAAAACUCUGCUCAGGUGCUGUCGGAUGUGCUGCACCAACUGGGCUACCUGUGGGAGCACCUGGGUAGCAGGCGCUGCCGGGACGCACAAUUCUCUGUGCUUGAGUCUGUUGUCAACGUGCUGCUGGAGAAGCUGAACCUUGCACAGCCGGUGGGGACCCUGUUCCAGUCAGGCCUUGCUAACGGCUACAAGGAGAACGACACCAUUUCGACAUCAAGCAGCAGCAGCAGCAACAACAGUGUUUUCUCAGUGUCACUAACAAAAGAAAUUGGCCGCAGUGAUCUUGGAGAUAGAUUUCGUAAUGUCAUUUCUCGUGCUGUGGAGAUUAUCUGUUCUACAGCAGGCAGAAGUGCUGAACAACCACAGACACCUUCCAGAAGUCAAGGAAUGCAUCAUCAACUUGGACAUAUUUUUCAACAGGCUGCUGCAUCUGUCCGAUCAACAAAAGAAGGGCGGCAUGUGCCAACUGAGGCAGAGCGUGCCUUCCGCCAACGGUUGCUGGCUGCUCUGUUAUCGCUGGUGGUGGAGCGUGCAGCACCGUCAGUGGUGCGAGAUGCGGCACGCUUGCGGGCGGCACAGCUGGCAUGUUGGCUGCUCGCACCCGGCCAGGCGGCGCGUGAUCGUUCGCAUGUCGUGCGGCUGCUGCUUUGCCAGGAGCCGAUGCGCACCCGUGAGAUAGUGGCUGCCCUCAUCAAUGCUCACCAGGCGGCAGAAGCCAAGCUGACUGCCUUCCUGUGGGACCUGGCUCGCGCAGAGGUGGCCACCUCGAGCGAGCGCCAUGCCGCCGAGGAGCUGUUGGCGCGAUUGGCCCAGUGGGGCCUGACGGCGGGUCCCGCACCACUGGACAGCUGGCUCUCAGAACUGGCUGCAUCACAGGGGGAAGCUAUAGGAGCGAGAGAGACGUCUCUGCGCAAUUCUCAGUCUGCAGUGUACAGGAGUGUAUAUCGUAUGGAGGGCUUGGUUCGGCACCUCACAGAAACAGCCAUGGAUGUCACUGCACACGUUGUGGGAGCACAGAGUGCAGAAAGGAAAUCAUUUAUGGAGCACAUAAAGGCCCGCUUCAGUGAAGAUGUCCGUGUACGCUCUCACUGGUUACGCCUGCGGCAGGCUCUCACGCACGAACGGGCUGUGUGGUAUUUUCCUAAAUCGUAUCCCAGAUCGUGGCAGCUCGACCCAACUGAGGGGCCAGCUCGUGUGAGGAAUCGCAUGCAACGUUGCCAUCUGGGAAUGGACAGGCGGUAUUUCUUACCAGCAGUACAGCGUCAGAUGCGUGAUGAGCUGGAAGGUGAGCCCCUGGCAUACCUCUUGGAACGUGAUACAUCACAGCAGCAGCCACGUGUUUCCACCGUCAUGAUCGAGCGCUUGCACACCAAUGAGAAGAUCCGCCACAUGACAACAGCUCGCAUCGUCACACCCGCACGGGAGGUGCCCGGUGAAGUGCUGAUUGGCGAGAGCUGCAUCUACUUUGUUGCAGACAGUGACUGCUCAUCGGCAUUGUCAGAGUGGCAGCUAUCGCCUGAUGAAGUUGACCUCUCUUCGACAGCGUGGAACUUCGAAGACGUGUGUGAAAUUCACAACCGGAGAUACCAGCUACAAGAGAGAGCAUUGGAGAUUUUCCUUUUGAAUGGAAGAACAUAUCUUGUUGCUUUUCAGUCUUCCAAGGAGCGUGAUGUGUUCGCAAAUGAGCUGGCCCAGUGCAGAUUGCCAAAUCGUCUAGCGGCAGACAGCUUGAGUGAUGCAGUUCAUCUGUGGAGAGAGGGCCUACUUACAAACUGGGAGUAUUUGUCACAGUUGAACAAAAUGGCUGGGCGUUCCUACAACGACCUAAUGCAGUAUCCCGUGAUGCCAUUUGUUCUUGCUGAUUACACGAGCAAUGUUCUCGAUCUGAAAAGUCCUCGCUCCUACAGGGAUUUCCGAAAACCGAUGGCAGUUCAAGAAAAGAAAAAUGAGCACCAUUACAUCAGUAAUUAUAAUUAUAUAAAACAAGAGCUAUCAGCUGGUUCGAGACACAUAUCAGUGCACCAGGAGCCCUAUCACUAUGGUAGCCAUUACUCAAAUUCUGGCACAGUGCUGCAUUUUCUCGUUCGACUGCCGCCCUUCACUAGAAUGUUUCUGACGUAUCAAGACAAUAACUUUGACAUCCCAGACCGCACAUUCCAUUCCUUGCACACCACUUGGAGGCUCACGAGUUCUGAUUCUACGACUGAUGUCAAGGAGAUGGUCCCAGAGUUUUUUUACUUGCCCGAGUUCCUGCUGAACAGUGAAGGAUUCAAUCUUGGCGUUCGACAGUCAGGUGAGAGAGUCCACAAUGUUCAGCUCCCCCCAUGGGCAGGCGGAGAUGCACGCAAAUUCAUUCUAAUCCAUCGUCAAGCACUAGAGUCGGACUUUGCUCGAGAGAACUUGCCUCACUGGAUAGAUCUCGUUUUUGGGUACAAGCAGACUGGUAAAGCUGCUGUGGAAGCCAUCAACGUUUUCCACCCAGCGACAUAUUAUGGGUUCGAUGCAGAAAGUAUUCGCGACCCCCUGGAGAGGGCAGCAUGGGAGACGAUGGUUCGUACCUAUGGGCAAACGCCACGGCAGCUGUUUCGCUCCCCUCAUCAGAUGGCUGCUCAGACCCUCACGUCGAAAAGAUUGUCAACCACUUCAAGACUUCCCAUGGACGGGCUUGUGCGGGGCCUGCAAUGGGGCCACUAUGUGGGCUCGCCGGCUGAGCCAGAACCAUCAGAGGUCUGGCAGCGUCGACACCGUGUGCCUGUUGGCCACCUCAUCCCGUUGGCUACAGGGGAUGUGUACGGUCUCGCACCACACACCUGCCUGCUGCUUUCAUACACCAAAGACCGCGGUCUCGGUGUAGUGAGUGGAACAUCGGUACAUGGGGCUGCUUUGUUGUCCUGGGGCCAUCCAGAUGGCAUUGUGCGUGCUAAGGUUAAAAAGGAGCAGCCACCUUGGCCGGUCAUCAGCACAUCAGCGAUUGAUCCAGUGUGCAUAUGCAGCAGUGCUCCAGAUGUUCCACAGUUGUGGCUGGGGCAUACAUCUGGACGAAUACAAGUUUUGAGAUUUCGGUUGGAGGGAUCUCUCGAAUUCCGUCCCGAGCCGUCUGUGUUGCUGGGGCACACAGCAGCACUGACUGAUAUUGUACUCUGUCGCAGCUUCUCAAUAGCUGUUUCCGCUGGCGAUGAUGGAAGUGCCAUUAUAUGGGACCUUAACAGCUUGUCUUACGUGAGGUCUGUGGCGGUCAGUGAGCCCGUGAAGCUGGCCACAGUGAGCAGAACGCUGGGCGACAUUCUGCUUGUGACAGACUCGGAGCUGCUGCUGUUCUCCGUGAACGCUGCGCCUGCAGGCAGGGCAUCGCCACCCUCACUGACCACAGCCGUCUGCUUCUCUGGUGCACCGGAGGGGAUUUCCAUAAAUGCUGUCGCGUCGGGUCACGCAGAUGGAGUUAUAAGAUUAUGGAGCUCUUGGGACCUCUCACCACUGAAGGAGAUAUCCUGCAAUGCAUUAGUGUCACAGCCCAUAAUAAGUAUUACAUACUCACACGAUGCUCAGCACAUGUACGCAUCUGGUGCCAACGGUAUUGUUGUUAUCUGGGAAGGCAUGUCGAGCAAAGGCCCAAGUCAUAUGCCGAAAUUUCUUGAUCUUACAUCACUGUGAAAUGGCUCUCCUUGCAGUUAUAUCUACUAUUUCCUGUUGAUGAGAUUCACUAUAAUUAUUGUACAAUAUUUUACUAAUGUGUUUGUGAGUUGUGUGGAUCCAGUAAAGAGGUGUGCUGUGUAAUGUCAAAUGUUUUAUGCGGUACUGAUAAUUCAAAAUCUCUCUAGCAUGAUAUUCAGAAUCUCCCUAGCAGAAAGAUUAUUUUUUUUAUACUCUUAAUGUUGUGAAUGUUAUGAUAGUUUAAUAAUAAUCUGUUUCAUAUUGCAUUUCUACUUCAUUAAUUGAGAUAUAGUACAAAAAUGUAAAUCUAGAUUACCCCUUUUGUGAUAAUUAUUCAUCUAUAUUUUGCGUGUUAUUUUAGUUUUCAGUAUAGUAUCCAAAAUAAUUUUUCAUCAUAUUUUCAACAGAUAUUAAACAUACUUUCUACAUAUGUUUUUGUAUCUCUUAUAUAAAGUAAAUUAGCCAUAUACUGGUCCUUUUCUGUGAAUCUCUUAAGGACCGUUGACAUUAUUCUGCAAGCUUUUUUUUUUUUU